AUAACAUCAAAAUAUCUAAAAAUGGAUACAGUAGAAAAAAAAUCCCACUUUGUCCCAGGACAUCAUGAAGCUGAGAUCUGCUAUGGAGGUGAAGCUGACUUACACAAGCACUAUAUCAACUGUAAGAAGAAUCCAGGUCAUGUCAAUUUUAUACCUGUUGAUGAUUUUAGCUUGGAUCAUCUCCCCUCACGUUACCGUGACGUAAUCAUGUUGGAGGUAAUCAAAACAUUGUCUGCCAUAACGGUCCUGAUAAAGGUCAAGUACACCAGUCUAGAGAGACCAAAGUCUGUUCCAUGCUUCAGUGGUCAGUAUCCAUUUUAUAACACCAGAGGAAGUGACGUGUUGAGGACAGGGACCGGUAGGGUGCAUGAUGUGGUCAAGUACACAGAGAGUGACAACAAGGGCACUUGUACAUGUGGCAAGUGUCAACACUCGGACACAUCCAGCAAAGUGUGGUGGGAGGUUCAUGUGAGGACAGCCACACACGUGGUGUUUGAUGACAGUGAGGCGAGACAGACCAGGUGUGUUGUAGGUUAUGAUGACGAAAAUAGUCCAGGGGUCAGUCUUGACGGCUAUAAGGUGAGGUGGGCAGACAUUUAUGGAGACCGAUGUAGGUUUACGUGUGUGUCAUGUGACUUAGAAUUGGUUGAUGAACUGGACAAGAUGAGGCGGCGCUUCAAUUUCUACGAGGGAAAGUUAAGUCCAAAUACAAGAGAUUUGGUGAUGUGGACAAGUUGGCCUUUAUAGUGUCUCAUCCUCAUGGAUGUCUAAAACAGGUCUCUGUAGGACAAUGGACACACAGACAUGAGAGGGAAGGAUUGUACACAAAGUACACGUACACAACAUGUACAUGUCCUGGCUCCAGUGGAGCACAUGUCUACAUACCGAUGUAUGGCUGGGGGUGGAGACAUCCCCACAGUGGAUCAAACUCUGUAGGAAAUUAUUGUGGGGAGGAUGGUGUGUUGUUGUGAUGAUCCAGCUGUUUUUCUCUGUUGGUUCUCUCCAAUUGUCUACUCAUGUGUGAGUGUAUGUGUGUGAGUGUUAUGCUAAAACCUCUAAGUAAUUUCAUUUUAUUGUGUGCCAACUUGUAAUUACUUUAUUUCUUACA